AACUGCUGGAAGAUUUGUCGAAAUCUCAUAUCUUGUUCGUUCUAUUUUGUAAUUCUGAGCUUCGUCUUUCUCCUUAUUUUCACCUGAAAUUCUUCAUCUCACUGUCACUUCCUUCUCUCUCUUGAUAUAUUUUUUAACAAACUAUUUUGAUUAGCUUCGAAGAUUCUUUGUUUUCCACGAUUCUGCAUUGUACAUAUAGAGAGAGAGAGAGAGAGAGAGAUCGAUUCAAUUUGAACCCAAAAAAAAAAAAGUAAUUUGGAAAAUUUCUUAGAACUUUUUUUUGGGGUUGGCGUUGUGAUUACGACUUGUGUUGUUUCCAAAAUUAGAUUAUAGAGAGGAGAAUAAUUCUGGGAAUUGGGGUCUUUAUCAUGCUCUUGUAAUUUUGCCAAAAUUUGUCUACUUUUUUGGGCUUAGGUGGGGGUGAAAAAAAAAAAUUAGGGUUUGUGAGGUGAAUUUAGAGGAGGGGAAGAAGGGGAUCUGGGGUUUAGGUCAACGGAAUUGGAGCAGUCUAUAAUGAUCUCUUUGUUGUUUUACUAAAUCCGACGGUUUGGAUCUGAUCGCGGGAGAGACAGCGCCACCGGAUGGCGCUGUUCCGUCGCUUCUUCUACAAGAAGCCUCCGGAUCGCCUUCUCGAGAUCUCGGAGCGUGUUUAUGUUUUUGACUGCUGUUUCUCUAGCGAUGUUAUGGGGGAGGCUGAGUACAAAGUAUACUUGGGUGGCAUCGUUACGCAGCUUCAGGAUCAUUUCCCAGAUGCAUCUUUCAUGGUGUUUAAUUUUAGAGAAGGAGAACAACGAAGUCAAAUAUCAGACGUGUUGUCUCAAUACGAUAUGACUGUAAUGGAUUAUCCACGGCAGUAUGAGAGUUGCCCGCUUUUACCUCUCGAAAUGAUUCAUCACUUCCUACGAUCGAGUGAAAGCUGGUUAUCGUUGGAAGGUCAACAAAAUGUUCUCUUGAUGCAUUGUGAAAGAGGUGGUUGGCCUGUUCUUGCCUUCAUGUUAUCGGGGCUUUUAUUGUACAGAAAACAGUAUCAUGGUGAGCAGAAGACUCUUGAGAUGGUACACAAACAGGCUCCUAAGGAGCUUCUUCAUCUAUUGUCCCCUUUAAACCCACAUCCUUCUCAACUCAGAUAUCUUCAGUACAUUUCCAGAAGAAAUUUAGGCUCUGACUGGCCUCCUUCAGACACGCCUCUUCUUUUGGAUUGCUUGAUUCUCAGAGAUCUCCCACAUUUUGAAGAGAGAAAAGGUUGCAGACCAAUUCUACGCGUUUAUGGGCAGGAUCCUAAAGCCCGAACCAACAGGAGUUCCAUACUUCUCUUCUCCACAUUAAAGACAAAGAAACACACUCGUCUCUACCAGCAGGAAGAGUGUAUCCUGGUGAAAUUAGAUAUACAGUGCCGCGUUCAAGGGGAUGUUGUUCUGGAAUGUAUACAUUUGCAUGAUGAUUUUGUGACUGAGGAGAUUGUCUUUAGAAUCAUGUUCCACACGGCAUUUGUGCGUGCUAAUAUUUUAAUGGUCCACCGCGAUGAGAUGGAUAUACUUUGGGAUGCAAAGGACCAGUUCCCAAAGGAAUUUAAGGCAGAGGUACUUUUCUCUGGCGCUGAUGCCGUGGUGCCUACUAUCGCUACUUCUACAACAUCAGAAGAAGAGAACGAUUUUGAUAUGGCUUCACCCGAAGAAUUUUUUGAGGUGGAGGAAAUUUUUAGCGAUGUGAUUGAUGGACCUGACCAUAAUAAGAAAGAUUCGGAUAGUUUUGUGGUUGUUGAUACUGCUUCAGAUGAUUCUGAGGGAAAAGAAGUGUGGAAGGGGGACGUGGAUCCCAAUGCGUUUCUAGAUUGUGCAUCAGUUGGAUCAGAUGAUUCUAAUCAUAAACAUGAUAUGCAUGCAGAGACUAGCACGGAUCCGGUUAAAGAUAUCACUGUUGAUGAUGUACAUUAUAGGUCGGAUGGGAAGGCAGAUUCUAAUAUUGACUCAGUGAAGGAUAUAGGAAUAGAUGAUGGUGAUGAGCAGCGAAAGAGAAGGAUCAUGGAAGCGAAGGAAAAUGAUUCUAGCACAGCAGAGACUCAACGCAAAGGUGAUGCAGAAGGCAAUGGUUCCCAGGAUGAUUUAGAAGAACCUAAAGAAAAAGAUUCUAGAACAGCAGAGACUCAACGCAAAGGAGAAGGCAAUGGUUCCCAGGAUGAUUUAGAAGAACAUAAAGAAAAUGAUUCUAGAACAGCAGAGACUCAACGCAAAGGAGAAGGCAAUGGUUCCCAGGAUGAUUUAGAAGAACCUAAAGAAAAAGAUUCUAGAACAGCAGAUACUCAACGCAAAGGAGAAGGCAAUGGUUCCCAGGAUGAUUUAGAAGAACCUAAAGAAAAUGAUUCUAGAACAGUAGAGACUCAACGCAAAGGUGACGGAGAAGGCAAUGGUUCCCAGGUUGAUUUAGAAGAACCAACGACUCAGAAAACCAGUUCUAAUCUCAACAAACCCAUAUCCGAAAAAACACAAGCUACACCAAGGAAACAGGUCGGAGCAAAUGCAAAGGUGGCUGGAGAUUCACUUAAACCGAAGUCUAAGCAGCAAGAAACACAGGGUCAGAACGUAAGAAUGGCUAAGCCUAACGCAGUUUCUCGAUGGAUUCCUUCAAAUAAGGGCUCAUAUAAAGAUUCUAUGCAUGUGGCGUAUCCCCCAACAAGAAUUAACAGUGCCCCUGCUUCAAUUACUACUUCUCUCAAGGAUGGCAAAAGAGCUACAUCACCUGAUGGUGUGGUUCCAAAAGAUGCUAAGACUAAAUAUCUGAGAGCGUCUGUUUCUUCACCGGAUAUGAGUAGUCGAGCUCCAAUUUGCGCAUCACCAAAUUCUAGCCCAAAGGAAAAGCCGGCUUCUCUACCUACUGCCUCUCCCCAUCAAGCUUCUCUAACCAGUGACGCCACUACAUCAGUUUUACCCUCUCUAACCAGUGAGGCCACUACAUCAGUUUUACCAUCUAAGCAAGCAGCUGCAUCACCGCCUCCACCUCCUCCACCUCCACCACUGCCUAAUUACUCUUCACAGAACCAAAAUGACAGAUACUCUCAAACAUCUGAGAGACCAAACAGUGGAACCGUGUUGCCUCCACCACCACCAUCCCCACCUUGGAAGUCUGUGUAUGCUUCAGCUUUGGCAACUCCUGCAACAUGUUCUACUUCUCAACUUCCUACCUCUUCACCGCCUCCUCCGCCGCCUCCGCCUUCAUAUUAUUCAGUAGGCCAAAAGAGCAGCGACACUGAAGCAAAUCAGCUCCGAUCAACACCGCCGCCUCCGCCUGCAUACUAUUCAGUAGGUCAAAAGAGCAGCGACACUCAAGCAAAUCAGCUCCGAUCAACACCGCCGCCUCCGCCUUCAUACUAUUCAGCAGGCCAAAAGAGCAGCGACACUCAAGCAUAUCAGCUCCUAUCAACACCGCCUCCGCCUGCACACUAUUCAGUAGCCCAAAAGAGCAGCGACUCUCAAGCAUAUCAGCUCCCAUCAAAACCGCCUCCUCCUCCGCCGCCUCCGCCUGCAUACUAUUCAGUAGGUCAAAAGAGCAGCGACACUCAAGCAAAUCAGCUCCGAUCAACACCGCCGCCUCCGCCUUCAUACUAUUCAGCAGGCCAAAAGAGCAGCGACUCUCAAGCAUAUCAGCUCCCAUCAACACCGCCUCCUCCGCCACCUCCCCCGUUUGCAUCAGUGAGGCGAAACAGUGAAACUUUGUUACCUCCGCAGCCGCCGCCACCACCUUGGAAGUCUGUGUAUGCUUCGUCUUUCGAAACUCGUGAACUGUGCUCCACAUCGUCCCCUUCUAAACCACCACCACCACCUCCUCCUCCUCCAGUUAGCUCAUCAAACACGCCGCCACCACCUUGGAAGUCUGUGUAUGCUUCGUCUUUCGAAACUCGUGAACUGUGCUCCACAUCGUCCCCUUCUAAACCACCACCACCACCUCCUCCUCCUCCAUUUAGCUCAUCAAACACAACAAUAGCAAAUGGACAUCACAUUCCCACGCCUCCUCCUCUGCCUUAUACAAGUGUUGCACCUUCACCCGAGGUCCCACCUAGUAAAACAGCUCCACCGCCCCCACCUCCUCCUCCUUUUAGCCAGUUGCGUUCAAUCCCUCAACCUCCGCCACCUCCUUUUAAGAAUGCACACUCAGUACCUCCCCCUCCCCCUCCGCCACCAAGUCAUGGAACACCUCCGCCACCACCGCCACCUCCGUUUAGAUCUGGGGGACCUCCGCCACCACCGCCACCUCCGUUUAGAUCUGGGGAACCUCCGCCACCACCGCCACCUCCGUUUAGAUCUGGGGGACCUCCGCCACCACCUCCCCGGAUGCCUGGAGGAGCCCCACCGCCGCCGCCUCCUCCAAUGCGUGGUGGAGCCCCACCGCCUCCGCCUCCUCCGAUGCGUGGAGGAGCCCCACCGCCGCCUCCGCCUCCUGGUGGUCGUGGUCCUGGUCCACCUCCUCCUCCGCCUCCUGGUGGUCGUGGUCCUGGUCCACCUCCGCCUCCUGGACCAAGACCUCCGGGUGGUGGACGUCCUCCGCCUCCAAUGCUUGGUGGUAGGGGAGCUGCAGUUGAUCCUAGGGGAGCAGGAAGGGGACGUGGUCUUCCACGCCCAGGUUUUGGGUCUGCAGCUCAGAAAAAGUCUUCCCUGAAGCCAUUACAUUGGGUUAAAGUAACAAGGGCUUUGCAGGGGAGCUUAUGGGAUGAGCUACAGAGACAUGGAGAAUCGCAAACUCCAUCAGAAUUUGAUGUCUCAGAAAUAGAGACCCUUUUCUCUGCUACAGUGCCAAAGCCAGCUGACAAAUCUGGGAGUCGACGAAAGUCUGUUGGGGCAAAACCUGAAAAGGUUCAACUGAUUGAUCUUAGGAGAGCCAAUAACACGGAAAUUAUGCUUACGAAAGUAAAGAUGCCUCUGCCUGAUAUGAUGGCUGCAGUUCUGGCAAUGGAUGAGUCUGUAUUAGAUGUUGAUCAAAUAGAUAAUCUUAUAAAAUUUUGUCCAACCAAGGAGGAGAUGGAGCUUCUUAAGAACUACACUGGUGACAAGACGACCUUGGGAAAGUGUGAGCAGUACUUCCUAGAGCUAAUGAAGGUGCCACGAGUAGAGGCAAAGCUUAGAGUAUUUUCUUUCAAGAUUCAAUUCGGCACUCAGAUAAUAGAAUUCAAAAAAAGUUUAAAUGCAGUAAAUUCUGCAUGCGAGGAGGUCCGUAAUUCCCAAAAGCUAAAAGAAAUUAUGAAAAAGAUUCUUUACCUGGGGAACACACUUAACCAAGGAACUGCAAGGGGCGCUGCUGUUGGAUUCAAGUUGGACAGUUUAUUGAAAUUAAGCGAUACACGUGCUGCUAACAGCAAGAUGACCCUCAUGCAUUAUCUUUGCAAGGUCCUUGCUUCCAAGGCAUCAGUUCUACUGGACUUCCACAAGGAUCUUGAAAGUCUUGAAUCAGCCUCAAAGAUACAACUGAAGUCUCUGGCUGAGGAAAUGCAAGCCAUAAUCAAAGGGUUAGAAAAAUUGAACCAGGAGCUCACUGCAUCCGAAAGUGAUGGUCCUGUCUCUGAAGUUUUCCGUAAAACAUUGAGGGACUUCAUAUCCAUUGCCGAGACUGAAGUGGCAACUGUAUCGAGUCUUUACUCGGUCGUGGGAAGAAAUGCUGAUGCACUUGCGCACUACUUUGGUGAGGAUCCUAACCGUUGUCCAUUUGAACAAGUUACUGCGACCCUCUUGAAUUUCAUAAGGUUAUUCAAGAAAGCACACGAAGAGAACAUCAAGCAAGCAGAGCUGGAGAAGAAGAAAGCUGCAAAAGAAGCGGAAAUGGAGAAGGCCAAAGCAAAGGAAGCGGAAAUGGAGAAGGCGAAAGGAGUCAGUCUGACAAAAAAACCAGUUGAUGAUAGCUGAGGAAAAAAAAACUUGAAUAUAAUUUUGCAAAAUCCGCCAGAAUCUCUCUGAGAGAAAGCAAGGUCCAAAGGUGGUCUUGUAAGCCAGAAGGCGGGUGCUGCUGUUCGAGAAAAACCUGCAUGAGGCGUGAAAGUUAAAAACAGGCUGGGGGGUCCCUAUCGGGAGGGGUUUCGCCAGGGCGGGGGCUAUCGAAGAAAACCAUUGGAAGAUAAAGAGACAGGUCUUCAUCUCCCUCCACUAACGUUGACAUAUGAUUCCACAUUGAUUUAAUUCUAACAUGUAAAUUAGGAUUCUUUCGUGUUGCUUAAUUUUCCUAACUAGAGGAAUUUUUGAUAGAUUGAAAAUGUUGUAUAGGGUUUUCAGGUAGAUUGAGAGAAAGAAAGAUGUAGAGCAUUAUUUUAGUGUGUAUCUUUGUAUCGUAACGCAACAUCAUUGUUCUUUUUUAGGAUUCA